AUGUCUGAAGGUCCAAGACAAUCUGGAAAUAAACAACCUGGUGAUUUACGACCAGAAGAUCCAUCUCAUCCAGGCAUGCCAGCUGAUUCAGCUGAACGAGGCAAGCAACUCGGUCAUGAAAAUGCUCAUGGUGGUCAAAGUGUAGGCACAGGCGGACAUGGUACCAGUAGUAGUGGUGCUAACAGUAAUCAACCUGUUGGUGGAAAACAUGUAUCAGAUCUGUCUCAAUUCAGUGAACAAGAAUUACAUCCUGGCAUGAAUCCUGAUCCUACUGAACGAGGCAGACAACUCGGUCAUGAAAAUGCAGAUGGCGGUCAAUGUGUAGGCACAGGCGGACAUGGACCAAGUGGAACCAAUUUCGGCAAUUAA